AUGUAUUUUCAUAUCUAUCUAUCUAUCUAUCUAUCUAUCUAUCUAUCUAUCUAUCUAUCUCAAUAUGUUCCUAUCUCUCUAUCUAUCUCAGUAUGUUCCUAUCUCUCUAUAUAUCUCAGUAUGUUCCUAUCUAUCUAUCUAUCUAUAUUUCAGUCUAUUCCUAUCUAUCUACCUUUCUAUCUAUCUAUCUCAGUAUAUUCAUAUCUAUCUAUCUAUCUGGAGUCUAACUAUGUCGGUAUGUUCAAAUCUAUCUAUCUAUCUAUCUAUCUAUCUAUCUAUCUAUCUAUCUAUCUAUCUAUCUAUCUAUCUAAAUGUGUGUCCAUCUGUCUGUAUCUAUAUACUUUUCUCAAUCACUUUCAUUCUAUUUCCUCGAUACAUACACAGAGAUACGUCCCACUUCUUUUUUUUUAUUUAUACAGUCUUUCCUUUAUUCAUUCCUUCACUCAUUACACUCUUCUAUCUAUCUAUCUAUCUAUCUAUAUAUAUAUAUAUAUAUAUAUAUAUAUAUAUAUAUAUAUAUAUCGAUCGAUCGAUCGAUCUCUUCCUCUUUCUUCUCUCCUCCCUUUUCAUUUCUCUCGAACAUUUUACUUCUAUAAAGAAGUCUCUGCUUUUUUCUCUUUCUUUUCUAUUUCUCCUUUUCCUUCUCUCCCCUUUAAACUCCCUUGCUUUUUUCUAAUCAUUCCUUCUUUCUUUGUACUGAUUAAUCUUUUCUUUCAUCCUCCCCCUCCUUUCUUUCUUUCUUUCUUUCUUUCUUUCUUUCUUUCUUUCUCUUUGUUACUCUUUCCUGUUUCUACAAUCCUCUUCUAUUUUUCUCUUUCUCAUUCUUGCUCUCUUUCUUUUCUCUUCUUUUUUCUCCCUCUUUUUCCCCUCUCCCUUUUCUUCUUUUUUCCUUUCUUUUUCUUUCUUCGCUUCUUUUUUUCUCUUUCUUUUUUGUCUCACUUUCCUUCUCUUUCCUCCUUUUUCUUCUCUCUUGAUUUCUUUUUCCUCCCCUUCCCUCUCUUUCUCUUCCCUCUUUCUAAUCUCUCCACAUUCUGUCAUAUUUCUUUUCUCCCUUUCUAUUCCCAUUUGCCUCGCAUUAUUACAAUGCUGACGUUUUUAUUUCCCUUCUUUUGUCCGUUUUGA